AUGGAGUCAGAGAGCACAGUUGCUAAAACUAAUACAACAACAACAACAACAACUACAAAAGAACAUGAUGAUGGUACUCAACAACAACACCAACUUCCAUAUACAACAACAGAUAAUAUAAAAGACAAUCAAGCUACGAAAGAUGACGAGGACGAUGACGAGGAAGAGGAGGACGAUGAAGAUGAAGAAGAAGUGGAUAGUAAUGAAUUCUUUGAUAUAGCUGAUUAUUUAUAUGAUGAUCAGUUUCAAUAUAACAAUGAAUUGGAGAGAUUGGAAGAAAUCAUCAAUACCUCGAAAGCUUCAAAAGGUGACUAUUAUUGUACUGGAACGUCACAAGAAAUGUCAUUGCCGAGUAUCACGAUUGAAGGAAUAGAGGGUAAACUUUCAUACCCCAUUCAACCUGUUCAAGUUAGACAAUUGGUUGAAAAGGCUACUAGAGCACCCUAUGGAAAGGGUACAGAGACUAUAAUAGAUUUGGCUGUUCGAAAGGUUUGGCAAAUACCUGCAACCGAUAUCAAGAUUGUAUCAAAAAGAUGGAAUGUUUCUUUUACAGCUAUACUCGGCUCUAUCAGGUCUCAACUUGGGUUAGGUGAUUCGACAGUUACAGCAGAGUUGUAUAAAAUGUUGGUUUAUGAAGAAGGUGGAUUCUUUCUACCACAUCGUGACUCUGAAAAGACAGAUGGUAUGUUUGGUACACUUGUCAUAUCACUGCCAUGCCGACAUAAAGGUGGAGAGUUGGUGAUUGAUCAUCGUGGUAAAUCAACAACCGUGUCAUUGGAGAAUGACAGUACCACGUCACAAUGUAAAUAUGUUGCAUUCUAUGCUGAUUGUAGACACGAGGUUAAACCAGUCACUCAAGGUAAUAGAGUAUGUUUAGUGUACAAUUUAAUGAGAAAUGGUAGAAAUAGAAUGACCGACGGGUCACUCAUCCAUUCUUAUAUCAGUGACUCACAAAUCUCUAAAAUGGCAUCCACCCUUCGUCGUGUAUUCAAUCAUUACAAUGAAAUUCGAGGUGAACCAAUCAACGACAACAACAAACGAGCACGUCAAACACGUCAAGAAAUCGCUCCAGGUUAUACAUCUGACGUUCCACGUCUUGUCUAUGCACUUGAUCAUGUCUAUUCACUUGCAUCAUUUUCACUUGCAUCACUCAAAGGUAAAGAUGAAGAAAUUGCCAAUCUUUUCAUCAAAUCUGCCAAAGAUGCAAAUGUCCUUAUAACACUUGGUUUUAUUCAUAUUAAAGAGACUGGAAAUUACAUGCCAGGAUACAAAUAUAACAGGGUGUAUCAUAAACCUGAAUAUGAAAAUGGAGAAUUUUCAUACAGUCUAACCAAUCUUAGACCAGUUGUAGAGACAGGUCAAUUUGAAGAUGUUGCUUUUGACGCAUCCAAGGAAUUAUUUCCAAAUGGUGCAUUAGAUGGAGCUCAACCAUUUAAAGAUGAAGCUAAAGAAGCAACUGGAAAUGCUGGUUCACUCUAUGAAAGACUUUAUCAUAGAUCAGCAAUUGUUAUUUGGGAUUUAAGAGAGAGAGGUAAAUUUUAUUUAAUGACACUUGCACAAGUAAGAGUCAGUUACCAAAAAUCAAUUGAAGAGGAUAAUAGUCAAACCAACAAAUUGAAUGAACUGACAGAGAUUUUACUUAAUUGGAGUGCGUGGGACGCAAACAAACAAAAGAGUGGGUUACCCGAUCUACUUGCCAAUCUAAUCAAUGAUAUUAUUGAAAUACCAGUGACUGAAGAAUCCAAACCAAUGUUUAGAUUAUUCAUCAAGGCAUUAAAGAUGACAUUUGACCCUGCCAUCUUUAAAAAACCACUCUUUACUUUUGUUACCAAUUGUCAAGACUUGGUAUUCUUGACAGAGUUGCUCAAAGAUUGGUUUACAUUGACAAAUACUGUAUUCAACACUCAAUUUAUCGAUCAUUUGUGUGCAACCAAACCACAACUUGGCGAUGCUCUACCACAAUUGAUGGGCAUUUUGGUGAGAACUGUACCUGUUCAAUGUAGUGCCUGUCAAAACUCAUUCAUCUCCUUUGUAUUCAGUCUUCGUAAUAAUAAUAAUAUAGACCAAUGCAGGCAUUUGACUGAAAUCUUGGUUCCUUUUAAACCAUUGAUUGGUAUUGUACGCAAGUACGAUAUAUUGCAACCACAACAACAGCAGAUCAAUGAAUACGUGUCACAUAAGAUACAGGUCAAGGCUAUAAAAGCGGGUGGAGACUCUGCCUUGGAAGUUUUCAAGAUUUGGUCAGAGGGAUCAACGCUCAUCAACGACGGCACGAUGAUGACAUUGUCAAAGGCAUGGGUUGACGCAUUCCCUCAGAGAGAAAAAAACACAGUCAACUUGGAAAGAUUGAAACUGAUCUUUAUAAUGCAUCGUGCUGCUGACAAGCACGGCACAGGACUUGUCAGUGAGGAGGAAGUCACCACAGCCAUCACCCAAACGCUGCCCAGUUGGAUUAGUACCCAGGCACGUGUUUUCUGCACGCCCAAAAGUUACGAGUACAACUUUAUAGCGCCCGCUGAACCAUCACCUCAACAAAAAUCAGCAUUCAUCACGUUUAUAGUAUCGCUUCUAACGUUAUUGCACACGAUUGAUACGACUCGGAUAUUGUGUCAAUCAGUCAUUAAUAUUGCAUUUGCCGAUGAAACUGUCCAAAAGUCUCAUCGUAAUUUCCCAACAAAUCUAUUAAACCAACUUCGCACAACUGCACCACAAGUCAUGACAAUACCAGCCGUUGCCGAUUUAAUUAUCAAUAAGGGUCUAGCAGCUAUUCAGCAAGUUAUUACAAAGAUGCGGGAAUUACCGGAACCCUCUAGUUACAACUUUUCAAUGUUUGCCAUUCCAAAACCAUGUUGUGCCAACUGCACCAAAUUCAAUACCUAUCUUGCUUCUGGUACAGAGACAUUGUUUUCACUCAAAGGAACUGGAGCCAUUCGAGAGCACAUUGAAAGAUAUGCAACUGCCAGGUCAUACCUCGUUGCCAAAACAGAAGGUACUAGAGCACCCUAUACUCUUACCGUCACCAAAUCCCUCGCUCUUCUUGAAACCGAACGACAACGUCAAACUACCCUUCUUGCAAUAAGAGAUGAUUUAUUAUCUUAUCAAAAAUCUCUUUUACAAAAUAAUGAAUAA